GACCACCAUUUCUCCGCUCUUUCAACCAUAUCUUGAAAAAAGUUGAAAAAACACAUCAAAAUCAAAAUCAAACUGAAAAAUAUUCCACUAUUUAGCUAGAAGAACAUAGAGUGAUCAAAAGAUGGCGGGUUACAGAGCAGACGAUGAGUAUGAUUUCCUGUUCAAGCUUGUCCUGAUCGGAGACUCUGGGGUGGGGAAAUCCAAUCUUCUCUCGAGGUUCACCAAGAACGAGUUCAAUCUCGAGUCCAAGUCCACUAUUGGGGUUGAGUUUGCCACCAAGAGCCUCUCCAUCGGUGGCAAAGUCAUCAAAGCCCAGAUUUGGGACACUGCUGGCCAAGAAAGGUAUCGAGCCAUUACGAGUGCAUACUACCGAGGAGCGGUUGGUGCACUACUUGUAUACGAUGUGACUAGGCAUGUUACAUUCGAGAAUGUGACGAGAUGGCUGAAGGAGCUGAGGGACCACACGGACCCUAACAUUGUAGUAAUGCUCAUAGGCAACAAGUCCGAUCUUCGACAUCUCGUGGCGGUUCCAACUGAGGAAGGCAAGAAUUUCGCGGAGAGGGAGGCUCUCUACUUCAUGGAAACUUCGGCCCUGGAAGCGACCAAUGUGGAAAACGCGUUCACUGAAGUCCUCACUCAAAUCCAUCACAUCGUGGUCAAGAAGGCAGUCGAGGCUGGCGACGAAGGUGCCACUUCGUCUGCCCCGCCCAAAGGAGAGACCAUUAACAUAAAAAACGACGGGUCUACUUGGAAAAGAAUCGGGUGCUGUUCAAGCUAGGGCGGGCUCGAGAGUCGAGACUGAGCUUUUACCAGAAACUCCUCUUAUUGUACAUCAUUAAAUCAAGAUUUUCAACUUUAUUUUCUCUUCUUUCAUUAUCACUUUAGGUUUCUUGUUUUGGGAAUUUAUGGAUAUGCAAGGCUGAGAACUUGCAAAGCAGUUCUCUCUUGGAAACUGAACUUCAAUAUAUGUGAGCCCAUAUGAACAAGAGCCUCUAUGGGGAAGUUGAAGUCUGACAGACAAGUUUACUUGUGUGUCCCAUUGUCUGUUUCAGAAACUAAGGCAAUUCAGAGAUGUUUUCCACA